UUUCUCCAAAUAAGUCCAGAAAAGGGGCACUUUCCAGCAGCUGCAGCCAGCGGUGCCGACGUCAGGCCCUCCCCCAGAGGUGCUGACGUCGGCGGCCGGGUCGGGUGACCUCAUCGCCCGGACGGCCGCCGGGCCGGGGGCGGGGAGAGGCGGGGUCGGCCCCGGCGCAAGCAAAGGCUAGGGGCCGGGGCGCGGCAACUGCAGCUCUCGCAGGAGCCGAGCCGAGCCGAGCCGAGCGCCCGCCGCUGCCCGCCGCCCGCUGCGUGCGCCUCCGCGCCAUGGCCGGCCUCAACUCCCUGGAGGCGGUGAAACGCAAGAUCCAGGCCUUGCAGCAGCAGGCGGACGAGGCGGAGGACCGCGCGCAGGGCCUGCAGCGGGAGCUGGAUGGCGAGCGCGAGCGGCGCGAGAAAGCCGAAGGGGAUGUGGCAGCUCUCAAUCGACGCAUCCAGCUCGUUGAGGAGGAGUUGGACAGGGCUCAAGAACGACUGGCCACAGCCCUGCAGAAGCUGGAGGAGGCAGAAAAGGCUGCAGAUGAGAGCGAGAGAGGAAUGAAGGUGAUAGAAAACCGGGCCAUGAAAGAUGAGGAGAAGAUGGAGAUUCAGGAGAUGCAGCUCAAAGAGGCCAAGCACAUCGCUGAGGAGGCUGACCGCAAAUACGAGGAGGUAGCUCGUAAGUUGGUCAUCCUGGAGGGUGAGCUGGAAAGGGCAGAGGAGCGCGCAGAGGUCUCUGAACUAAAAUGUGGUGACCUGGAAGAAGAACUCAAGAAUGUCACUAACAACCUGAAGUCGCUCGAGGCUGCAUCUGAAAAGUAUUCUGAAAAGGAGGAUAAAUAUGAAGAAGAAAUUAAACUUCUGUCUGACAAACUGAAAGAGGCUGAGACUCGUGCCGAAUUUGCGGAGAGAACAGUGGCAAAACUGGAAAAGACAAUUGAUGACCUGGAAGAAAAACUUGCCCAGGCCAAAGAAGAGAACGUGGGCUUACAUCAGACACUGGAUCAGACACUAAACGAACUUAACUGUAUAUAACCAAGACAGAAGAAUCUUGUUCCAACAGAAACUCCAGAGCUCCGUGUCUUUCUCUUCUCUUGUAAGAAGUUUGUUAUUGCAUCUUUGCUUUGCUGGAAAUGUCAAGCAAAUUAUGAAUACAUGACCAAAUAUUUUGUAUCAGAGAAGCUUUGAGCACCACUUAAAUCUAAUUCCUUCCUUUUUUUCAAAUGGCACCAGCUUUUUCAGCUCCAUUUUUAUCCUUAAGUUGCAUUUAUUCCUAAGGUAGGCAGGGUAUUUCGUAUUGAGCAUACUCUUAAGACUGAGGGCAUUUGGUUCCUGGGAGAAUAGACAACCCCACACUUUCAGAACACAGACUCCAAUAUCUAGUCAUGGGUCAAUUUAAAAGGCUGAAGGAUGUAACCUUCUGUACCACCAUUGGUCACACUACAGGAAGCAAGGGACCAUCACAUUAAAAUGGGUGGGGAUUUUCCAUCCAGAGCAAAAAAAAAAAAAUGGGGGGGGGGGCUAUUGUGGGAAGUCAUAAACCACAGAUAGAUUAACCUAAUCAUCUUCUUUUCCACACUCCACUGUGCAGAACAAACAUCCUCUGAGCAGUCAGCACGAGAAUGCUCAGGAAGUGGUCAUAAUUACCCCAGUAUUUUCUGGAUAGAUCUUUGAUGUUAUGCUGUUCUAUGUGUUUUAUUCUAAAGUUGUUCUGAGGAGCAGAUGUCUAACUCCAAUAAUGACCCAUACUUGUCUGCUCUGAUAUGAGGCCAUCCACUCAGCAGGAAUGAAUAUGGUAGAAUUCAGUCCUAUUCGGAGAAGCCAUAUCAAAAAGACUGCUAGCCAUCAAUAAUUGAGCAAGAGUGUUUUUCUGUUAACAAAUACUGGGCAGAAGUAGAGA